AGCUAGCUGUCGAUAGACCGCAGAUAGACGUCGUGAAAAAAGCUUAAAUUGUAACACCAAUGUUGAAGGAAAGAUGUCGGGCGACCGCCAGUGUGAUCAAGAUGAAUUUCCUUCAGUAGCUGAUCCAGAAAAAUACAAUGCUUCUCACCUCUAUGGAUUCGUUGAGCAGAAAACGGACACUGAUCUCCCAGACUACUUUAAACCCUGGACAGACUUGGCUCACCAGACAGAGUCUCUUGUACAGGAUGGCAUGCUCAGGAAUGAAGUACACAAGCUACCAUUACUUGAACACAGCAGGCUAAGUUCAGCCAGCGAGUUGAAGACAGCCCUUGUUUACCUGACCUGUAUCUCAUACGGCUAUGUAUGGUGUGAAAGAGAAGAUGGCAUUCCAGAAGUUUUACCCUCGUGUCUUGCCGUCCCCUAUGCUGCUAUAGCAGAGAAACUUCAGGUUCUUCCCUCAAUCAGUCAGUAUAGUUUCAUCCUUCUUAACUGGAGACUCAAGAACCCCAAUGGCAAGGUGGAAUUAGACAACAUGGAAUCUAUUGUUACAUUACGCGGUGGAUCUGAUGAGUCUUGGUUCUAUUGUACAACUGUUCAAGUGGAGCUAGACUUCGCUCCAGCCCUUUCGAGUAUUAUUGAGGCUCAAAAGGCUGUAUUAGAUGGAUCCUCACAACGAUUGGUAAAGCAUCUGAAGACUAUAGAGGCCGCUCUUUAUAAGAUGAGAAGAAGCUUGAACAGAAUGUCUGAGGGUUGUCGACCAGAUGUGUUCUUCAAUGUUUUCAGACCUUACAUAGCGGGUUGGGACUCACAGCCAUUUAAGAAGAAAAAUCUGAAGGGUCUGAUCUACGAGGGAGUCAGCGAGCAGCCUUUCUGUUAUACUGGUCUCAGUGCUGCGCAGAGUUCAACCUUACCGUGUCUUGAUGCUGCUUUUGGAGUAGUUCACGAUGAAAAAGAAGAUCAGUCGAGACGAUUCUUCCAGGAGUACAUGCCGAAACCACACAGAGACUUGAUCAGAGCCAUCGCAGCAGGACCAUCAAUAAAACAAUACAUACAUUCCUCAGGUUCACCUGAAGCGAUUGAGGUGUUCAAUGAUUGUCUUCAAGCCAUGAAGUGCUUCAGGGACUCUCAUCUGCAGGUUGUAACCAGAUUCAUUAUAAAUAUGGCUCAUAAGAAGACUGACCCUGCGUCAUCAAGCGAGGGCGCAACAGGAACAGGUGGAACAGAUUUAAUGACCUUCCUGAAAGGUCUCCGGGAUUCAACCAUCAGGGCGAUGCUACGCACAACUGGGGGAGGAGAAGGGGAUGCGGAUGAGCAUCCCGUUUCCAUGGCAACCCUUCCAAGAUGGGUGAAAGGUGAUGCGAUGAGAGUCGUCCAGGUCACAUCAGUGUUUGUUGCUGCGGUAGCGGGGACCAUGUUGAUUAUGAGGAAGCUUUCCCGAUGAUGUUUGCUUCUCAUUUUUUUUUUUUUCACGCAGAGAAAUUACGACAAAUGUGGAUUUCCCCUUCAAGUUUGUUCAAGAGUGGGUUGGCUGUGAUAAAGGUGAGUCCACCUUACAGCCAUAGCUCAUAUUGCUGAAGGAAAGAAGUUGCAGCAAACAAUUAUUUAAUGGGAAAGUCUAUUAAAUCAAGGCUUAUUGUCAUGAUAUCAUCAAAGAUGUAAAUCUGGUACAUUAAUGUAAAUCUUAGAUUGUGAAAUAUGAAACUUUAGCUGUAAACAAAUCAUUCUGACGAUCACUAACACAUAAAAUCCAUAUGUCGGACAGUGUAGUAAUAUUGCUUGGAAAAAUACCUGACAUUUAUUUUUCUCAUUUUUCAGCAAUUAUGCAGUUUCUUCCAAAACCAUUUGGCACAUAUUGUUUAUUUAUACAUGCAAAAACUUUGGUGUUAAUUUCAUUGGACUCUUUUUUAAACUCAUUUUGAGAUCGUUACCACAACUGGUACAUGUAUUUAUCUUUAAGAUCAUGGAAAUCUUUUCAAUUUUGGCAAAACUCAACUAAGUCAUCAAUGAAACGUGCAGGUGCCUCUUCCUAAUUUGGAUCUCUUGGUUCCAAAGAAGUCUGUAUGAAUUUAAAUAAAAUUGAUUUAAUUAAAUUCUAUAUUAUGUAGCCCUUUUAUACGCAAGCCACGGUCCUGUCUUACAAAGAGUGACGAUUGAUCCAAUCAAUCACAACUAUGGAAAGCCAGCAAUG